AUGCCCAAAGCCCCAUCUUCGCUCCCGGUAUCUGCCCUCUUCGGCGUAGCCAAACCCUCUGGGCCCACCUCCAUGUCUGUUCUAGACACUCUGAAACCCCUCAUCGCGAGCUCGCGUCUCUUUGUAGCGGAGAAAGAGCUGAAGAAGGAGAAAGGCAAGACGCGGAAGGCGAAGCAUGUCAAGUACGCCGUCAAGAUCGGCCAAGGCGGCACCCUCGAUCCGUUGGCAGAUGGCGUUCUCGUUGUCGGCAUUGGCAAGGCCACGAAAAAGCUGGGCGAGUUCCUGGACUGUGUGAAGGAAUACCAUACUACGUGCUUACUCGGUUGUGAGACGGACACCUACGACAGUGAGGGUGCUCAAGUCCGCGUCGCACCAUGGCGGCAUGUCACUCGAGAGAGCGUGGAGGAAGCCUUGAAGGACUUCCGAGGGGAACUCAUGCAGAGUCCGCCAAUAUUCUCUGCUCUCAAAAUGGACGGAAAGCCGUUAUACGAAUACGCGCGGAAGGGCAUACCCCUACCACGACCGAUCGAGAAGCGCAAGGUCACCGUUCACGAGCUCGAGCUCAUCGAGUGGAAGGACAGCGACCAUGGCUAUCGCUACCCAGAGAAGAAGUUCACAGAAGAGCAGAAGAAAGCCGUAGAAAGCGCUUUGCGAAGCGUCGAGCAGGCCGUCGAAGUCAAAGAUGAGCCCGAACAAGAAGCACCUAGCCCACAGCCUCCAACGGCAUUCAUUCUUCGCAUGAAGGUGUCUGGCGGAACGUAUGUUCGGUCCAUUGUGCACGACCUUGGGCACGCGGUGGGCUCGGCGGCGCAUGUCGUGACCUUGACACGAACACGACAAGGGAGGUUCGCCCUGGAACCUACGGAAGACACCGAUCGCGGAUGCGUACCAUGGGAAGCCAUCCAGGAAGCGACGAAAGACGUAGGCGAGAAGGAUGACGACGGGUGGACAAGAUGGGAACGAGAAGUAAUAGACAAACUGGAGAUCGUGGAGGACAGGUAG